UUGGACCUAUUUUUUUUUUCUUAAGUUGACCAAAACAAGAAAAGGAAAAAAGACACUGGUGGGUUUAGCGAAGUUUAAACGCAGCAGGGAAACUUUCAACCUUUCAUUUCGUGCUGAUCGGAACAGGUUUUGUAACAUUAAAUUUGGGGACUUCUGUUUCUUUAUUGGAAGGGAAGAGAAGAGAAGAGAGGGGAAAUGGGUUUCAUCAUGGAAUUUGCGGAAAACUUGGUAUUGAAGUUGAUGGAAGACCCGAAGGAAAGAGAUCGGAGGUUCAGGGAGCACGUUUAUAGAGUGAAGGACAGGUGCGAGAAGACAAAGGAGAUGUGGAGCUACCCCAUGCGGCCCUAUGGUUUUUGGACAUUCGAACGCCACAAUUCUCAGCUUGCAUGGGAUGCCCAAAUUAGCCAAGUUCCUGGUAGGAGGGACCCUUAUGAUGAUCUCCUCCAACAUUACUCCGCUCCACCUAAAUGAGUGUUGCUGACCUUGCCUCUAGCAUUAUUGGUGGAAAAGGAUGAAUUUGUUGUAAUUUCCCCUUUUGACAUACUGGUUUGUGCUUUUUUAUUCUUCUAUUUUGAAUAAAGGUUCCAUAUAACUAUGGUACCGGCAGGAUUUUUUCCCUUGAGAUUCUUGCACUAUUUUGCAGUUCCUGGCAAUAUUUCUAUUUUAACAAUGUUUCAUCUCACUAUUUAAUGGUAUGGUGUCGUAAUAGAAUGCAACUAUAGAUUAGGUUUGUAAUGGGAGUGGAUUGUGUAA